AUGUCCGUACAAGAAGUCGAAACUGAGGUGAAAAUAACUCCUACAGAUCCGCUUAUUCUUUCUCCGACGAUUACUAAUAAAAAACAACCGCGUGGAAUUCAUCAAUUUUCCGGUGUUUUCUAUGCUCUGUUUUCGUCCUUUCUCUUCACCUUUUCAACAUUUACAAUCAGACAACUGGGUGUUGACUUACUCGAUGCGUUACUCAUACGUUUUUCGAUUCAACUUCUAUUGACACUCUCAUUUGCGUUACACAAAAAAUACACACUCCUCAGUGGAACAGGUUUACAAGUAUUUCUACAGAUUAUUUGUGCCUUGACUGGUGCCGGUGGUUUCGUUCUCUUUUCUCUUGCUCUACGGUAUGUCGAGCUGUCCAAUGUGAAUACUUUGGGCUACACUCGCGUCGUUUGGACGGUGGUNGAAUAUCUGGUUCUCGAUUUGAUAUUUGGUCAUGGUAAUUACGAUGAUACAAAUUGGAAGCAAGCAUUCGAUAAAUAUUUCAUGCCAUUUCUCAAAUUAAACCCUUUUUCUAAAUCAGAAAAAAAGGAUUAA